UUCCUGGGCUCCCUCCGCCACCUGAUCUCAUGUAAUUAACUAAUUAAUGUAGAUUUUAAACCUAAAUUGGAUGUAGUUAUACUGGUUACAGAGGAUUCUCUAAUAUCUGGUCAUUGCAUUGAUCUGGUGGGCUUGUGUAAGCAUAUAUAAGUUUGCCCUUCUUGGAAUUUGAGCAUGUGUCUGUCUGUUGUUGCUUGACAUGUGGUACUAGUUUCUAAACCAGCACUCGGCAGUAACUCACACUGUAGCAUUUCGCAGUGUACCGGCUACAGUGGACCCUUAUUUCUGCUUAUUUCUUGGAACAGUACAGUUUUAUACAAAUAUUAGUGCAGUAGAAGGUAGCACUGGUUUCUUUUUGAUCGGUGGUUUGGACAGUAGCAGCAGGCAGCCUCCUUCUCUCUUCAAAGUUUCGUUAGUUGACCAAUUUUGACCAAUCAUGAGUUCUGCUGAAGAGCGUCGUGAGGCUCGCAGACGCAGACGUGCACGCGGUGAUGAUGAACUAACUACCAGUAGCUGGAGAAGACAUCUAGAAGUGAGUGAAUCUAGCGCUGUAAAUGGCGAGGAUGACCUUGAGAGGAGGCGCCGUGAGCGAAGGGAAGCGAGACUCAGAGCUGCCGACGCCCCUGCUGAAGAAGAAACUAGCAGUCGUCGUAGCAGACGUAACCGAGGAGGUGACGACGAAACUCCCGCAGAGGAAGUAACAUCAUCGCGUUCUCGUAGACGCCGGGGUGGGGACGACGAGGAUGCAACUCCCAAGGAAGAACCUAAGCAAGAGGAUGCAACUCCCAAGGAAGAACCUAAGCAAGAGGAACCAGCAGAAACAGGAGACGACUCCGCAGCGCAGGAAGCAGCAGCCGCAGCAGCAGCAGAAGCAGAAGAACGUCGCCGGCGGCAACAGCAAGAGGAGGAAGAGGAAGCUCGUCGAAAAGAGGAAGAGAAAGAGAGAAAGAAGCAGGAGGCUGAGCAGAAACGGCGAGAGGAAGAAGAACGAGGAAAGAAGGAAGAAGAGGAACGAAAACGCAAGGAAGAAGAAGCCAAAAUGGAGGAAGAAAAAUUAGAGCGAGCACGCCAAGAGCAGGAGGAGGAAAUUCGCCGAAAGAAAGAGGAGGAGGCAAAGAAGAAGAAGGGAAAAAGGAAAGGUCUUGGCGGCCUUUCACCUGAAAAGAAGAAACUUCUUAAGAAACUCAUUAUGCAAAAGGCUGCCGAGGACUUGAGAAAUGAGGCAAAGAAAAAAGCUGAGGAGAAGGAGAAAUAUAUCAAUGCCCAGGUGCCUGAGCUGAACACUACUGGAAUGAACCAAGUUGCUGACCUGCAGCAGCUGUGUAAGAAACUCCAUGAAAAGAUCUGUGUGUUGGAGGAGGAAGUCUUUGACUGGGAAGUCAAAAUCAGGAAGCAAGACUUUGAGAUCAAUGAAUUAACACUGAAAGUUAAUGAUACCAAAGGCAAAUUCAUCAAACCCGUCCUUAGAAAAGUCAAUAAGACAGAAAGCAAACUUGCCAAGCUGGAUAAGAAAGAAUCUAGAGAUUUCCGUAGCAAUCUUAAAUCAACAGGCCAGAACAAGUUUGCACUGGAUGAAAAGGAAGAUUCUAAGAAGCCAGAAUGGUUAGAGCGCAAGUUGGAGGGCGAGGAGGCGAAGGAUGCUGCCACGGCCGCUCAGAGUUGAAUAUUUACUCACUCUGACUCUGUCCCGUCCCUUUUCGACAACCUUCCGUGUGAUCAUGCGUCAGAUACAGAAAAAUACUUCAAAUUUCAACCCAAACAGUUUUUUCGCUACGAGAGAAGAAUUCAGCAGAAGGGUCCACUACGAGAGCCUCUGUCAACUCUGGACAAAUUUAUCAGUGUGUUUCUCUGGUCUGAGCUGUCUUUUAUUUUUUGGUGGGUGAAUUUUAAAGUUGUUUAUAGCAAUGUUCUCUCGUACGGGGCCUCGACUAGUACAUAUUGAACUGUUGUGUAUAGGUAAUAUUCUAACCACAAGUCUCUCUCUCUCUCUGUACAUGAGCUCAUAUAUAAAUAAUAAACCGAUUAAUUAACACUUUCUCUGUCAGUGUCAGUAUGUAUAAUAUUUAUAUAAUGGCUAGCUGUAAUUAUGUAUUAUUUUAUGCAGCUCUGUUAUUUGAAAAGUUGUGAUACAUAUUACUUGUAUCAUGUGCAUCAACUUUACGGUUUGGGUUAAAUAUGCGUAGGCAUUGAAAGAUGCCACCAACUGGAGGUGCCAGUAAUAUAUUAAUCCACCUUUUAACAGGGGAGGGGCCAGAUAUUUCGAUGCCUAUGGUUUGCAAUAAAAUUGUAAAAUUAUUUUAGAGUUUUUAAGACAGUUUUGGCAGAGAAAGUGUUAACAGUCUGUGCAUUUUGUUUUCAGUUUCUUUAGUAUUGUUGGUGUGUGAUCUCAUGAUGUUUACAGUGUUGAUUAUUUUUCAAUGAAAAGUAAAUAAAGACUUCAAUAAUAACGAUUAAUUGUUAAAAGUGGUUUCUGACAAACUUGACUAUAUUUCAUUGCUUUUAUUAUUUAGUAAGGAAUUUUUUCAAUAGUUAAAGUUUUUUUCAGUCAGAUAUUUACUGUGGACAUUGCAUUUUGAAAUAGUUGUUGUGAAAUUAAAUGUUUCUUGUGAAAAGGAAAUCUUAUCGCUUGACUUUUUCAAAUAGCAGAUUAUCCGUAGUCCGCAAGCUUAUUUUGAUUUGUUUUGAUUUGAUAAUUUAAUAAUUUAUUGUAUUGAUUUUAAUUGUUUGAUGUAUUUAUUAUGACUGUUAAUAAUUUUAACUUUUAAAGACGAGUAGGAAGUACUUCUAAACUGAUGAUCAAGGUCAAGAGUGGUAUAUGUAAAAUGAUUUAGGAAGACUGUUUCAAGUGGUGCUAUAUUUAUUGUGAAAUAACAGAAACUUCAUUUCAAGUUUCGUCUUUUUCUGUGUCUGAACAAACACCAGCCCCAGAUUAAUAUCUGGAUUUUGUCUGUCUCCAUUUUUAUGAUUAAAAAGUUCUUAAGUUUUAAACAGUUAUGGUAAGAUGUCUGUUUGAAAUUUCUGAAUUCUGAUUAGCAGAAAUGAUUUAUAAACCUUUGUGUCUUUGACUUGUCGUAAGGUCAUUUGUUCCUAUACCAUAAAUGUGGAGACAAGACAUUUGGGUUUUCCCUAAAACAGGAAACAGUUGAGUUCCUGUUUUCUUUAUAUAGAUAUCACAGUGGACUCUGUGCAAACCGGCAUCUGUGUAAACCCGAUUUCUGUGUAAACUGGGUUUCUGUUUUGAUUAAUCGGGAACAGUGUGUAAACCAUCACGAUCACAUGGUCUCAAUGACUUGGAUGAAAUGUCUGUCUAAACCAACACACUGUAUUCCAGAGAUUUUCGUCUGUCAUCCUUUAAUCUGGUUUAGACAAAAUCCACUGUGGUAUAUAAUUAUUUGUGGGGUCAUUUUGCUCCAUAUACAUGUUAAAGAGUGUUUUAAACUCUGGUAACAACAUCCAAAAACAAACAGGCCCAGACUGAAAUUGUUAAUCCUCAAUAGGGGAUUUCUGUAGACUGCAGAUGUUCAUUUGUAGGUAAUUUGUUACUGCAUUUGAAAUUCAGGAAACAAGUUCCUCAAUGAUAGUUUAUUUUAAAUUGUAUGAUCAUACACAAGGACUUUCCAUGAACUGCAGAUUUACUUUUCUUUCAGGGACCUCUUAGUUAGAAAAUUAGGGAAAACCCUUUGAACAUAGUAUGGAACAGAAAACAUUGAUGGAAUUGUGUGAAAUCAUUACGUAACUGAAUGUGUGAUAGUAGAAGUAGGAUUGUUCACAAUGUACAGUAGAGCACUUUGUGAAUUAUUUAAUUUAUUUAUAUCUCUUUUUUUUAAUUUAUUUGAACUUUACUUUGUAAUCAUGUAUACUGUGUUUGUACAUAGUACUGUUGAUAGACUAGUCCUAUUAAACCACUAAAUUAAAAACAUUUGAAAAUCAUUUAAUGGAAUCAAAACUGCUAAACAGAACUUAACAUGCCUGCCUCACUUGCCCUAGCAACUAUUGAAACUUUUAGAAUGCCAGGGGUAAUAAAUAAAAUAUGUUCCUGUUGGCACCA